AGUGUUUCCUUCCUCAAUUGGAUGCAUGCAUGAAGCGAAGUGGUCCAAGCUCCUACGGUAGGUUGUAGCUUAGACCCUGGCCCAUGACCUCACAAGGCCGUUUGCCUGUCGGUACCGGAGACAAAAUCUCGGGCAAAACACCAACAUUGGACUCAUCGACUCAUCGUGGCUGCUGUCCGGACCCACGAUGAACACCACGACCCAAUGAUCGCAUCCGCCAGCACGGCCGAACAGAACCUUCCCAUCCCAUCCCAUCCUUCAUCAACUAGGCCUAGUUUAGCACCAUCCCCUCCGACGAAACCCAUUUAGCGUAUUGUGCAUCACCAACCCCCGAGCUGCGCGAACCUGUUGGCUAUACGCCACCACUCCCGACUCCAAAGCAUCCUAAUUUAAAAAACAAAAAUCAAGACCACCAUGUCAACAACCCCCCCAAAACCAUCCACCUCCCCACCCCCGCCACCGUUCCAAACCGCCCUCCUAGCCGGCGCCUUGGCAGGUACAACAGUCGACCUCUCGCUUUUCCCGCUCGACACGCUCAAGACCCGCCUACAAUCCUCAGCCGGCUUCUUCGCGUCGGGCGGCUUCCGGGGCAUCUACCGCGGGGUCGGAUCCGCCGUGGUCGGGUCGGCCCCGGGCGCGGCCUUCUUCUUCUGCACGUACGAAGCAAGCAAAUCCUUUUUUCUCUCUACCUUCUCCUCCUCCUCGUCCUCCUCCUCCGUCGUCAUCAAUAGUCAUGCGGGACCGGUGGAGCACAUGCUCGCCGCGUCCGCGGGGGAGAUCGCGGCGUGCGCGGUGCGGGUGCCGACCGAGGUGGUCAAGCAGCGGGCGCAGGCGGGCCAGCACGGGGGCAGCUCGGCGUCGGCGCUGCGGCACAUCCUGGGCCUGCGGCGCAGUGCGGGGCUCGUCGGGAUGUGGCGGGAGCUGUACCGCGGGUGGGGGGUCACCGUCAUGCGGGAGGUGCCCUUCACGAUCCUGCAGUUCCCGCUGUGGGAGGCGCUCAAGGCGUGGGGGCGCGAGAGGAAGGUCCGGACGGGGAGGGGCCUGUUUGGCGAUGUCAGCGCGGCCGAGUCGGCGCUAUACGGGAGCAUAGCGGGCGGGGUGGCGGCGGGUGUGACCACGCCGUUGGAUGUGCUCAAGACGCGGAUCAUGCUGAGCACGCGCCGCGAGAGCAUGGUGGAAAUCGUGAGGACGAUCCUGAAGGAGAAUGGUAUCAGGCCGUUCUUCGCCGGCAUCGGGCCGCGCGUGAUGUGGAUCAGUGCCGGCGGCGCCAUCUUCCUGGGGAGUUACCAGUGGGCGGUGAAUUCCCUGGAGAAAAGGGGGCCAGUAUCAUGA